AUGAAUUUUGCUAGAAAGAAACGAGUCACCGAUCCGUUCGACGAUGAAGCCAAAGCUCGACUCGUCGGCGCUAAUUUCCGGCAACUGAGUGGCGUCAGUAGUGGAAGCGAGCAUUCCGGUUCCGGUGACGGAGAAUUCACUUCUUCACCGUCUCUGUCUGAGCUUGUGCAUGAUUUCCUCGAGGAGGAUAAUGAAAACGCGUCUGACUCAGCAGAGAACGAUUUCGACUCGGAGCGAGUUGACUCGGUUUCGGAAUGCUUGGACUCGGUGGAGAGUCUGUUAAGAUUAAGAGGUGAAAAUGCUGAUGCAGAUUCUUACAUGAACAUGCUUCGCGUGCAUGUUUCUGAAGCUGCAGUUAAGUUCGCAUUUCUAAAGGAACGAAGCUUUUCCGUUUUUAAUAGAAAUGUGAUGUCGUUUUUGCGUGAGAAGGGACACAAUGCUGCGAUUUGUAAGACGCGGUGGGAAUCCUCCGGCGGAUUAACCGCCGGCAGCCACGAGUUUAUCGACGUGGUGCAAUCUGGAUCGUCCACGUGGCAGACUAGGUACUUCAUCGAGCUUGUUUUCGCUGGACAAUUUGAAAUCGCACGGCCGACGAGUCGUUACAUGGAGAUUAUGAGUUACGUUCCUGGAAUUUUCGUUGGAACAUCAGAGGAGCUUAAACGCACCGUUUUGGCAUUGUGUGGUGCUGUGAAACUGUGUUUAAGGAGUAGAGGGUUAUCGAUACCUCCUUGGAGAAAGAACCGGUACAUGCAGAAUAAGUGGUUUGGACCGUAUCGUAGAACUACGAACCCGGUUCAGGGAAAUUCGGUUCCAGGUGUUGUUUCUUCUUUCGGUGGUGUUAAAUGUAGGUUAGUUGGGUUCAACGACGCCGUUUCGGAGAAUAGACAUAGUGUUUCUGCUGCAUUUGUCCGAACAAGAUAA